AUGCCUAGGUUGAACGGAACCAGGCUCGGAGCUAUCCGCGCAUACUUUUUCGGUUUUUUUAUCUGUACUGCCGGGUUUUUAUUUGGAUAUGACACAGGUGUCGUGGGUGGCGUCCUAACGCUAAAGUCCUACAUAAAAGAUUUCGGCUAUACCGAUGAAACAACGGUCAGCGCGGUCAUGGUUAGUCUGCAGAAUGCGGGCGCCUUCUUUGCAGCUUUGGGUAUCUUCCCCAUCUCCGAACGAUUCGGGCGCAAGUACACCAUCCAAGUCGCCAUGUUAGUUUUCUGCAUUGGUAUUGUGCUACAAGUUUCUCCUUCCCACUCGCUCGUCUGCUUCUACAUCGGACGCGUUGUAAGCGGAGUGGGCCUCGGUUCAGCUACUGCUGUUGUACCCGCGUACAGCGCUGAGAUGGCGCCUAAAGAGAUCCGCGGCAUGGUUGGCGGUGGCAUGCAGGGGCUCUUUGCCAUGGGUGUCAUGAUCAGCUACUGGAUUGACUACGGAGUUGAGGUUGGCUUGCCAGCGAUCUCCAGACAGUGGCAGAUCCCAGUCGGGCUGCAGUUGGUGCCAGCCGCAGUGCUAGGCCUUGGUCUAAUCCCUAUGCCAGAGAGUACGCGCUGGCUGGCUAAGAAGGGACGGCUCGAGGAAGCGUUGAAAGCUUUACAGUGGAUUCGAGCAAGUGAGGGCGCUGAAGUGAAAGCGGAAUUUAAUGAAAUCCAAACUGGUCUUGAGGAGGAACUCCGGGCCACCGAGGGCCUCAAGAAGCGCGAGCUCCUUGAACCCGCAAACCGCUACCGGAUCGCACUUGCCUUCUUCUUAUUCCUAGCUCAGCAAUGCACGGGAAUGACCUCACUUGCGUACUUUGGGCCACAAUUCUUCAAGACUCUUGUCGGGAACAACAACAGCCAGUCUCUACUCAUCACGGGUCUCUUUGGUGCUGAGAAGUUCGUCACUUGCGCCACCUAUCUCCUAUUCUUCUCAGAAAUGUGGGGACGCAAGCCGACUCUUUACAUUACUGCUUUCCUAAUGACCAUCUGUUUCGUGAUCGUGACCGUUCUCCACGAAACUACUGUUGCCACUACUCCCUCGGGCCCGACAAAUUCUGGCAAAGCAACUGUGGCGAUGAUCUUCGUCACAAAUGCCAUCUACCAGUUCAGCUGGGGUCCGGUUGUGUGGCCCUAUACUGCCGAGAUCUUCCCAAGUCGCAUCCGCGAAAUCGGAGUUUCAGUCGCCGUAUCCACACAAUGGCUCUUCAACUUCCUCUUCUCGCUCGUCACCCCGUAUAUGAUCGCAGCUAUGGGCAGCUACACUUUCGUCUUUUUCGCGGCUUGUGAUUUCGUCAUGGGCUGGGUCGUUAUCUUCUUUGUGAAGGAGACUAGGGGGAAGAGCUUGGAGGAGAUGGAAACACUCUUCCACAGCAAGGCGGCUUUCGAUGUGGCUAUGGCCAGAGACAAGGCACGGACAUCUACUGAUAUCCACCAUAAUGAGGAGGCUAGACCUAGCAUUGAGGCUUGA